AUGCCUCCUGUCCAACUAGUGGGGGACUUCCCCAGUGUUUCUCUUGAGUAUAUCGUCGGCAGAGAGAACCAGGUCGCCAGUCAUGGCCUCGAUACUACCGAUCGCUCUGUUCCAUCAUCACCAGCAGAGGUUGUCAAAACAUUGACCCGCAGAGCAGACGCGGCGAAGACAUAUGUCCCCGGUCACGGAACAGUCGACCCCCAGAACAUCAACAUGCAAGGGCUAUUAGCAUUAUUUGCGUUGAUUGGAGCAGCAUUCGUUCUCGGCGCCAUCUGGUUCUUCUUCUGGGCAAAGAAUGGUGGAUUUAUCUGGAGAAAAGGAGACUGGGAUGAAUACAAAUCUACCGUUCUGCGACGCAAAGGCCCAGACGGACGAACCCUCAGUAAUGCCACGAAGAGUACGAGACUUGGUGGGGGCAGUAUCGUUGGCAAAGGCUAUAGCGACGAUGGGUACACGGUCGCCGAUAGCGCCGGAUACACAGACACCGCAACCACGAUCACUGAAAAGGAGGAGGGAGACCACAAGCGCAAGCGCAGAUUCCGGGAGACGGCUAAAAAGAAGCUCCUGCGCAAACGCAAGGACGAGACCUGGGAGGGCGAAGCCGACGAAGACGUGCGUGCCUACCGCAAGGAGAAACCGGCCCGGAUCGGCGGCAUCAAUCGCGAGGCGGACGGAACCUACCACGGUAGUGACUACGACACCUCCAACCCACCCACCUCCUACAACGCGAGCGAGAUGAGCGAGGUACGAGACUACGCGUACGAGCCCGCGCGCCAGAGCCGCAAUUUCUCUUUCACCCCCGGAAGCGAGGAUGUCCUGAGUCAGACGACUGAGGAGCGCCAACAACUCCGCGAGCCAUCAGCGAGACGACACGAUCGUCGCCGGGAGAGACGUCGUGCUCCCCCGACCACCUCAUCGCGCCAGGGCAGCCCGCGCAAACGAGACCGUCACUCCAUGCCGGGUCAUUACACCGAGCCUCUGGAUUUCUCGUCAGCGGGCUCCAGAUCCGAGUAUCAAUACUCUAAUGUGGAGACGGAUGACGGAUCCGGGACCAAGAGCUACCAUCAUCCCAUCCCAGGUCUUAGCAAGGGAUACCGCCGCGAAGGCGGACGGAGCAGAAGACGGGACAGUCUGAGCGACAGCGACGGUGACUGA